UACAAUUCAGAUGGACUGCUACAGCAACCAGCUCCUCUACCAUAUAUGCCGGCCGGCGGACUUGGCACCAAUGGCACUGAACCGCGUUACAUGGUCAACAGCGACUUCGAUUUUGAAUCCCUCGCCCUCACCGAGUAUGUUGAGUGGAUUGAGCUCGAUCUCUUCAACAACGGCCUCGCCGUUUUCAGCGAAGAAGACUUCCUUGAAGCAGGUCUGACUGCCGAAGACCGCGCUCUUAUUGCAUACAUGUCGGAUCAAGAAAUCGGACAUGCGACUGUGGUGGCUAACAUGCUCGGCGACGCUGCUCCUAAGCAAUGCACCUACAAUUAUCCCUUCACCACAGUCCGUGAAUUCGUCGAUUUCAGCCAGAAGCUCACCCAGUUCGCUGAGGCUGGCGUCUGGGGGUUCAUCAACCAUCUGGACAGCCGCGAAGCCGCCCAACUGCUUUCACAAUCCAUUUCUGUGGAAUCCCGUCAACAGAUGUCAUUCCGCCAGAUGUCCGGCCUGCAUCCGGCGCCAGUGUGGCACGAGACCGGCAUCCCCCAAUCGUGGGCGUGGACCUUCAUCGCACCAUAUAUUUCCUCGUGUCCGGAGAACUGCACGCGCCUCGCAUGGCAGAAUUUCCCUCCCUUGAGGGUCAUGAACCAACCGAACAUCAACCGCUUCUCACCCAACGACACCAAGCCGGACGGCUCUGAAGUUGUCGGAAACCGGACUUCGGACCCCUCCAUCUCCACCAUCCCAAAGAACGAAUCCUGCAUCAACCUCAACGUCACCGGAUACGGUUGCGGCCCUGCUAUCACUCGAAAUCGUUCAGAGCCACUCUCCUUCCCCGGGAAGCAAAUCUUCCUCACCUGGGAGGACCCGGACCAACCGGUUGGCCCGAACAAUAGCUACGUCACAUCCACCACCGCGGGUGAGCCGAAGUUCGUGGCAUGGGUUUCCCAGUUGAACCUCACGUACACGCCACUGGAGGUAACGGGCGACAAGCAAGGAACCACGUACCAACCAGCGGGCGAGGUGUUCGUUGGCGACCCGCAGGUGAAUGGGACCAUGUUCAUAGCGAUAACGGACAACGAUCCGUACUUGACGGCGUUUAACCUCUCUUUCAUCAACCCGCAUGUGCGUGCUCUGGGGCUCUACCAAGCUGGUUGAGGAAUGAGAUGAUGAGGACGAAUGAUAGAAAGAAAAGAAAAACUUGUUAGAACCGGUCAGGAGUGAAACGGAGAUGUAAGGAGAUACCUAAUGAACCGAUCAUCCAUGGCAUGGAGCAAUUCGACUAGACC